GGGGUUUGGUACCAGCACCACGCCCAGAGCGGUGCUGCUGCCCAAAUCCUCGCAGGCAGCUCAUCCACGCCCUUGCAGCUCGGGGUAGAGUCCCGAACCUGCACGCCUGGGUGUCCGUAGGUCUGUCUGCCCGGCCAUCUGCUGGUGGCACCUCUCCCCCCGCAGACUCCCCGCCUCCGGGGAGCCCCACCUUGCAACGGCGCUGCUCGCCUGCGCAGCCGGGAAACUCAGCAUGUGUCCCGCAGGCUUCAGGAACUUCUUGCUGCUGGCGUCCUCCCUUCUCUUCGCGGGGCUGUCAGCUGUUCCUCAAAGCUUCUCACCAUCUCUGAGAAGCGGCCCAGCCGCCGCGUGCAGGCUGUCCCGGGCCGAGUCGGAGCGCCGGUGCCGGGCGCCCGGGCAGCCCCCGGGGGUCGCUCUGUGCCACGGCCGCGGCCGGUGCGACUGCGGGGUCUGCAUCUGCCACGUGAGCGAGCCCGGCGUGUACUUCGGGCCCCUGUGCGAGUGCCACGAGUGGGUGUGCGAGACCUACGACGGGAGCACCUGUGCAGGCCAUGGUAAGUGUGACUGUGGCAAGUGCAAAUGUGAUGAAGGAUGGUCUGGGGACGCUUGCCAGUACCCAACGAACUGUGACCUGACGAAGAAAAAGAGUAACCAAAUGUGCAAGAAUUCUCAAGAUAUCAUCUGCUCUAAUGCAGGUACAUGUCACUGUGGCAGGUGCAAGUGCGAUAAUUCAGAUGGAAAUGGACUUGUUUAUGGUAAAUUUUGUGAGUGUGAUGAUAGAGAAUGCAUAGAUGAUGAAACAGAAGAAAUAUGUGGAGGCCACGGAAAGUGUUACUGUGGAAACUGUUACUGCCAGGCUGGUUGGCAUGGAGAUAAAUGUGAAUUCCAGUGCGACAUCACCCCCUGGGAGAGCAAGCGAAGAUGCACAUCUCCAGAUGGCAAAGUCUGCAGUAACAGAGGGAUUUGUGUGUGUGGUGAAUGUUCUUGCCACGAUGUUGACCCGACUGGGGACUGGGGAGAUAUUCACGGGGACACCUGUGAGUGUGAUGAAAGGGACUGCAGGGCUGUCUAUGACAGAUAUUCUGAUGACUUCUGUUCUGGUCACGGGCAGUGUAACUGUGGAAGAUGUGACUGCAAAGUUGGCUGGUUUGGGAAAAAGUGCGAGCACCCGCGUUCCUGCCCGCUGGCGGCUGAGGAGAGCACGAGGAGGUGCCAGGGAAGCUCUGCCUUGCCUUGCUCAGGAAGGGGUAAGUGUGAAUGUGGCAAAUGCACUUGCUACCCUCCGGGAGACAGCAGGGUGUAUGGCAAGACAUGUGAGUGUGACGAUCGCCGCUGUGAAGACUUGGACGGUGUGGUCUGUGGAGGCCACGGCUCGUGUUCCUGUGGUCGCUGCGUUUGUGAGAGAGGAUGGUUCGGGAAGCUCUGCCAGCAUCCGCGGAAGUGUAACCUGACGGAGGAGCAGAGCAAGAGUCUGUGUGAAUCGGCAGAUGGCAUCUUGUGCUCGGGGAAGGGUUCUUGUCACUGUGGGAAGUGCAUUUGUUCUGCAGAAGAAUGGUAUGUUUCCGGAGAAUUCUGCGACUGUGAUGACAGGGACUGCGACAAACAUGAUGGUCUCAUUUGCACAGGCAAUGGGAUCUGUAGCUGUGGAAACUGUGAAUGCUGGGACGGAUGGAAUGGAAAUGCAUGUGAAAUCUGGCUCGGCACGGAAUAUCCCUAACGAUCACAUGGCAGAGAACUGGAUUUUUAUUUUUCUAGGCCAUUAGAACAUAUAAAUGCAGAGGAAACCAUGUAUAAUCACCACUAGGACAGGUCAAACCGACCGUUGUAUGUUCUUCUAUUUCUGAAUGCCAGAACGAAAUCUGGGUACCCAUUAAAAAUCAGUUAAGCAAAUUCUGAUGUAAAUAAUGCCAGAAAGAUUUUUUUCUACCUUAAUUUAUAUCGGUGGUUCUCAACAAGGGCAACUUUGCCACCCAGAAAACAUUUGGCAGUGUCUGCAGACAACUUUGAUUGUCACACUUGGUGGGGUGGGAAGGUGUGCUAUGGGCAUCUAGCGGGUGGGCGCCAGGGAUGCUACAGACAUCCUCUGGUGCACAGGACAGCCCCCCACAGCCAAGAAUUAUCUGACUUCAAAUGUCAAUGGUGCCUGAGCUGAGAAACACGGAAUGCACAUCCUAUACGAGAAAGACCAAAGCAGAGUCUAAGGAAAAGAUAUAUCCUCACAAAAAUCCAUCGAUUAUAUUUUGCCAGAAUUUCCAUACGGAGACGUGAGGUAUAAAAACACACAUGAGGUAAGCGGAGUGGGCAGGAACUACAUCACCAGUGCUUUUGAAAAAAAAAUAAAACUGGCCAUUUUAGUCAUUAAGUCAUCUGUCACUUGUCUGCACUUUAAACUCACACAAAAAAAGACGCCCUUAAGAUUAAGGAAGAUGUUAUGAAAAAUGUACAGUUCAACAUUUUAAAUAAAUGGUGACAUAAGUUGCUUAUAUUCUGUGUCAGUAUAUAUUUACCUACUGAAGAUUAACCCCAAAAUGAAUUUUUAUUCAGGGGAACCUAUUUUCUGUUUUUAGAACAUUUUAAAAAACUGGGCAGGAGUUAUAUGUACAAGAAAUCUGAUUCUUUUACUGUUUAAAUUACUCCAUGGUAACUUGCCUUUUAAAAAGACAGCACAGAGUUAGAUAUACGAUGGGCCUGAAAUAUACAUUCACUUCUCUUAAAAAACUCUUAUUUAUAAGGAUACAUUACUUACUGGAAAAGUAGGACCAUGCAAAGAAAUCAAGAAGAGAUACUAUAAUAAAAAGUCUCAAAGGCUCAGAGGAGUUAAAAAAAAAUUCCAGAAAUGGCUGACAUAGAAAUUACAAGUAUUCACCCAAUAAUAAGAACAAAAUGUUUAUUUUCUUAAUGGUGAAAUUCUGCUCUGUAUGAAAUUCACAUUGAAUUAUGAAAAUGUACAAUAAUUCGGACUUCCCUUACAUAUUUACAGUUAAAUCUAGUUAUACACAUUAGUUUAGGCAACCUUUACUUAUUCAGAGCUAAUAAAAACCCCACUUUUUUUCUAAAUGUGAUUUAUAGUUUGUAAAAUCCUAGAAUAAUGUAAUAAAAUCAUUUCCCUAUUGUUUAAGAUGAAAAUUUUUACUUGGAAAUUUUACUUGAUGAUGUAAAUAUUCUGGAGUCAUGGCUUGGACUUUUCUAAGUCACAUCACCAAAAAUAAGGAAAAUAUGCAUCUGCUGUUACUUAAAAAUUUAAUAUUGAAAGUUAUUUAAGAGAAAAUUUAACUGAUGCUGAUUUUUAUAGUACUAACAGUGUUCUCAUACUUGAAGAGAUUUAUAAAAUUGUCAUCUCUAUCCUGAGAUUAAGGAGUGCAACCAUGUGAAUUGUUUCUCUAUUAUUAAGUAUGUCAAUUGAGAUAUCAGUUUUUACAAAAUGAGGGAAAUUAAGCAGUUUAGAAAUAAUACAGAUUGUACCCUUUCCUCUCCUCUAUCUAACCACUUUAAGCCUCAAACAAAUCUGCUAUCGUUGUUCAGUUGUAAUUCUGAUGCCUGAUGUCAUGAUGCACAAACAUUGGAAUUUAUUACCUUAUCCAGCCGUCAUGAUACAAAUGGCCUUCAGUUUCACCUCUUGCAGAACUCUGCUUUCUAUAAAGGACCAAAUAGUAAAUAUCUUAGACUGUGGGUAACAUACAUCUCUGUAGAAGAUUCUUGUCUGUUCACGUUUAAUACUUAACUGAAAAAAUAAAAAUAAAAAACCUUUUUCUGAGCUCCUGGGCCAUAAGAAACAGAUUGCAAGUUGGAUUUGGCUUGCAGGUGAGCAGCAGUUCGCCAGUGUCUGCUCUACUGGAACAGCCCUUAGCUUCCUGUCUCAUCAUGUAACCUGAGGUGUGUCUUCUUUUUCUUAUUAUUCUCUGUAUUUGUCAUCCCUACAACAAAAGUGCUGCUCUUUUUGUAUUUUCAUGUAAGAAAAAUGUCUUCAGAAUUUGUUUUUUUAUGAAAAAGUUUAAAUAUGGAUAAAUUACUGAAUUAUAAAGUUCAAAAUGUGAUUUGUCCAAAUUUUUUGACGAAGCUGUAAGUCUAUUACGUCCUCUAUAUUCUGGGAUUCAUUCAGCUAUGAAUUAUUGAACCAAAACAUAAUUAUAGCAUAAGUCACAGGGUAUGUAAACUCUAAUGAAUAUUUUUCAUUUAACAUAGAAAUAUUUUCUUUUUACCUCUUUCUGUCUGCUAUAACAGUUCUUGUGUGUGUUUAUGUGAUUUUGUCUCUAGCAAUGCAAACAUCAAUAGAUCUAUUAAGAAGU